AGAAGCUAAAACCCUGCCUCCUUCUUCUUCUUCUUGAAAAAAAAAACUAUAAAAUGGCAGAAACUGUUGUCUCUUUUGUUUCAAAUCGUCUCGCAACCUUACUCCAAGAGGAGGGAAGCCUGUUGGGAGGGCUUCGACAAGAGGUCCAACUCAUCAAGGAUGAGUUGGGGCAUAUGAAAGCUUUCCUCAAAGUGGCUGAAGCAAAAGAAGAUGAUGAUCCUAGGCUCCAAGAAUGGAUCAAGCAAGUGAGCGAAGCUGCUUAUGACAUUGAAGAUGUUCUCGAUGAAUUUGUACUUCGCUUUGCUGGCUACCGACAUCAUGGAUUCUGUGGCUCUCUUCAGAGAAUUCUCAAAGCCAUUAAGAGCUUGCCAGCUCGUCAUCAGGUUGCCAGUGAAAUUCAAAGCAUAAAGUCCAGGAUCAAAAAUAUUUCAGAAGGAUGUCGGAGAUACCAAGUUGAAUUUGGCAUCGACCACCGUGUCACUGGAUCUUCAACCAUGAACGAUUCAUGGCGCUAUAGCAGGGAUGAUGCACUUCUAGUGGAGGAAGCAAAAUUGGUUGGCAUUGACCGGCCCAAACAACAUCUGAUUUCUAAGCUUCUCGAGGGGCACGAUCACCAACUCAAAGUUAUUUCAGUGGUUGGUAUGGCUGGACUAGGGAAAACUACCCUAGUCAAAAAGGUCCACGAAGAUCCAGAUGUUAGAAAGAAUUUCCCAGUUCAUGCCUGGGUAACCGUCUCUCAAACAUGCGACUUUCCAAAGCUCCUGAGAGACUUGAUUUGGCAGUUGCACAAGGAAUUGAACAAAUCAGUCCCACAAUUCAUCGAAUCUAUAUCUACCGCCGAGCUGAAAGAAUUUGUCAAAGAUUUUCUUCAACAAGUUGGAAGGUAUGCAAUUGUCUUCGAUGAUGUGUGGGACGUGGAAUUUUGGAAUGAAAUCAAAUUUGCACUGCCUGAGGGUAACUACGGCAAUCAUGUCAUGCUAACAACACGAAAUGCCGAUGUAGCCUCUGCCUCUUGCACAGAAUCUCAGGAUUAUGUCCACAGAAUGGAGGCACUAUCAAAUGAAGAUUCGUGGACCCUAUUUUGCAACAAGUUCUUUAAAGGAAAUCGUUGCCCCGCCCACCUGAUGGAUGUUGCAAAAGCUGUAUUGGAUAAAUGUGACGGUUUGCCUUUGGCGAUUGUUGCGAUUGGUGGGCUCUUAGCUUCAAAGGACGCGAGCAGAAUAGAUGAAUGGGAGAAGAUUCAACAGAGUCUUGGGGGUGAAUUCACCGGUAAGCUAGAGAGAGUUAAAAGGAUACUUUCUCUGAGUUACAAUGAUCUGCCUUCGCACCUCAAACCCUGUCUGUUGUAUUUAACCAUUUAUCCGGAGGAUUAUCCAAUAAACUGCCAGAGGCUGAUUCUAUUAUGGAUUGCUGAAAGAUUUGUAGAAUGGAGAGAAGGAAUGAGUAUUGAAGAUGUAGCCUGGGGUUAUCUCAGUGAACUCGUCAAUAGAAGCCUAAUUCAAGUAACUGAAAUGUUAUAUGAAGGAACACCUUACACGUGUCGAAUCCAUGACUUAGCGAGAGAAGUUAUUCUCAUCAAGUCAAGGAAACAAAACAUGGUGACAGUUACUACUGGACAACCAAUGACGUGGCCAUCUGAGAAGGUACGCCGUCUAGCAAUCCAUGGUAGUAGUAACACUAGCAACAUCCAAUACCACCAACAAAGACAAUUUUUUUUCCUUUGAACACCUUCGAUCAUUCAUCACAGUUAGUUCCACCAACCCAUUACUAUCCAAAACGUUCUUAUGCGAAGUUCUAAGGAGUAGCAAGUUGCUAAAGGUUUUGGAAUUGGUAGGUCAAGAGAUAGAGGAAACACCAAAUGAGAUUUUCAGCUUGUUGCAUCUCACAUAUCUGAGCCUAUAUGGUACAAAAGUGGCAAGAGUCCCGAGAGCAAUUGGAAAGCUUCAACAUUUGGAGCAUCUGAAUUUGGGGAACACUGGAGUUAGGGAAUUACCCAUGGAAAUCCUAAAGCUG